UAGGGUCGCACCAAAAUUAGAGGAGCAGCCUCGUACAGCGUGUGUGUGUGUGUGGACGCUGGUGUGUGUGGUACCUGCUGUCGUCCACAGUGGUACUUCGUUGUUGGUACUCGGUGGUGGUCGUGUGGUACUGCGCCAGCCAUAAGCUUACAACAGCAGCGGCGGCCGGUUAUGCUCGCGGCCCUUGUUAAUCAGUCCAGUGGUGUGCCUUACAAUCAGUGCUGUGUGUUUGUUGCUUGUAAGUGAAUUAAUGGGGGAUACAGUGUUGAUACAGUCCCUGGGAUGAUCAUGUGGACACACGCCCGCCCUCGCCACAUACGCUCUCAGAAAUGCGCGCAGGAUGUAAAUUGAAGAGGAUUAAUUCACUGUAGAAACUAUGCAGAGUGGGGAGUCGGUAGAGGAUGACGAGCAGAUGACGUUGAGUGGAAGUCCCUCCCCCUCCGACACUUCUCCACCAAUCACGUGCCCGCCUCUGGCUACCCUCCCCUCCAAUUCCCCUUCCCUCACCUCCUCUCCUCCAAUCACAUCCCCGUCCCUUGCCUCCUCUCCGCCAAUCACCUCACAGAUCUCACCCAGUCUCACAUCGAAAUCCAACUUGAGAACUACCUCAUUGCAACUCGAGAAACAAGCAAGUUUAACGAAUAGAUUAAGAUUAAGCAAGGUUUUGGGCAACCAUGCAGCCCCGCCCCCCUUCACUGUCCGUUCUUCGCUGAUUGGUGACGAUGACGACGAGGGGCGGAGCGAUAUACGGGUUCUCUCUCCCUCAUUGGUCAACAGCCAGGUGUUGUCCAAGACGCGUCCGCUCUCCCCUGACCCCCCGCCUGACCCGCCAAUCACCGCCCUGCACAACGGCGACAGGUUGGGCGUGGAGGGUGGGGAUGUGGGCGGUGUGAGUGGGCGGACGGUGAAGGAGGGUGGCAGAGGAGGUGGUGCACAAGAGGAGGCCGACAAAACCACCAAAGGACGAGGAAGGGGUCGACGGCGGCAGAGACUCUUCAAGCUCAAGUUCCACCACCAGGCGCUACCCCCGGAGUACCUCGACCACUAUGAGGCCUCCCUGCGUCAGGAGCAACGAGCUGCGGCAGCCGCGGCCGCAUCCUCCCCCGUCUCCACGCCCACCACCGCACGCCACCACCGCGAGGCCCUGGGCCCUGACCCUCAUUCACCCAGGGACACGAGAGACACCCCAGGGCUUCAGGGUGGCGUACCACGGCGCGGUGGUCGUGGGCGUGGGCGGGGACGGGGACAGCGGACUCCGCGACCCAUUACCAUCCACGAGGCGGGCGGAGGAGCCACGGAGGCGCUGCUGCGAGAUCUGCUGUUGACGCGGCCGCACCUGCAGCAGGCGGCGCUGCAGCAGGUGGCCUUGGCCCGGGCCCAGUCGGUGCCGUCCAUCAUGGUGGCCAGCCAGCACGGGGCGCGCGGCCCGCCCAGCCCCGGGGCCAGUGGGCCAGAGGACCACCUGCCCUAUAUGGGCGAGAUGCUCCUGGACACACGGCCCAGGCGAGGCAGGAAGCCCAACAAGGCCGACAUUACACACCUCAUCUCCAAGAACUAUGGCGGUGCAGGUCUGGUGGCUGCUGGCAUGAUGCAGGACGCUGUGGGCCUCCACCACCCCCUGCAGCACCUCCACCACCAGCUAGAGCAUCACCACCAUCACCAUCACCAGCAGCACCAGCGGAGACAGCAGGAGGAGAGUGAGAGUGUAGGGUACGCCAUGAUGGAGCAGGAGUCUCUGGCACGCUCCCACAGCUACACCUCGCUCUUACACUCGGCCCUCACCGCCGCCGAGGACGAGCACCAGAGUGAACCUCUUAACCUGUGUGUGCGUGACGCCCCCCUCAAGUGUGACCCCGAGCACGCCGCCCACGGCCGCCACCUCACGCCCAAUAUAAAGUUGGAGCCUCCGCCACACAUGGACGACGAUGAUGGUGCAAGCGGAGGUGGGAUGAGCUCCCCAGACGUGGCGUGGGCGGCGGGCGGGCGGGCGGGCGUGCCCUCACACUGGCUCCACGACUACCGCCUCAAGACAGAGGACGGCCUUAGCUCUGGCCAGUCGACGCCCUCACUGUGCUCUCACUCCUCCCACAUGCCCUCCCUCUCCCCCCCAGCCUUCCCUCACAUGUCUCCUCCUCCCCCACUCUCCUCCCCACACAUGCAUCUCUCGCCUCACUUCAUGGCGUCUCCUCAGUCUCCUCACUCGCCCUCGCCAGUGCCUGCCGCCUCGCCGCUGCCGCCCGGCCACCAUCACCGUCACGUUCACGCCCUCCUGAAAGAGUCGCUGCAGCAGCGGCUGGACGAGGCGGCUCGGGAGAGACUGUCGCCCCAGGAGACUGUGGUGAGGGAGCGAGGAUCACGGGGCGGCACCCGGGGCAGCACCGGGACACGCAGGAAGCGCUCCGCUCUCUUCAUACCCCCAGCUGACCCCAGCACCGAGGUCAGCAUAUGUAAGUUUAAGUUCACCGGCGGCCCCAACCCUAUACUGGAGGAGAAGAAGAUGGUGAGUGUGGACGCUGGCGGCAACCUGAGGUACUCCAGUGGUGGCGAGCGUGGCAUCGCCCGCGACUCGCGCGCCGCCGCCGCCCACCUGCGGCUCACUGGUAAACUUCUCGACAACAUCACCAAGUGUGAGAAGGAUGUGAAAAAAAUCCGGUUGGAGAGCGACACGGAGGACACGUGUAGCCUGCCGGGGCUGGGCAGCACCACCACCUCCCCCGUGGCCACCCUGGAGCGAGGCAUGCAGCCGCCCCUGCUGGCCCCGCCUACCGAAGACUCUCCCAAGCGCAAGAGACGCUCCAAGAAGUCUUCGGUGAGGGAGAAACUAGAACAGACGUUACGUGAACGGGGUCUGCUGAUCCAGACACAGCAGGUGGAGUCUGCUGAGGGAGCCACCUACUGUAAGUUCCGCCAGCUGCGCAAGUUUACCCGCUACCUGUUCCGUAGUUGGAAGGAUUAUCUGCCGGGCCAGCUGCAAGAAGGAGGCGUUCCGCUGGACGGGUACAGCGACCCGCGUCACCCCCCCUUCCCCCACCACCUGGCUCGUGGCCCACCCACUCCCGACCAUCGCUGACCUCGAGCAGAACAUGUCACCACCCCGACCCACAUGGGCAUUUACACAGCGUGGAGACUGUGGGUGGUGGCGCCUGUCGGGCCCCAGGUUGUGACCCCCUCCCUCACCCCAGCCUCCCAGGUUGUGACGCACAAAGUACAAGAGCUUCCCGGGACCCCCGCCCCUACGCUCACCCUCCCCACAUGCCUUACGCGAGGCUCCCUGGGGUGUCACUCCCCUGGCUCUUCUCCAAAUCAUCUUGGCGAGGCCAGCCAGCCAGGCUCCCGAGUCUCUCACUGUCCUCCAGCGUAGAGGCGGAGCUGUUCAUAAGGGAUCCCUUGACCGACUUAACAUAUCCUGAUGUACGGUUCUCCUGGGAUAUGAUUCUCCUCAUAUUUCCUCACCUGAAUCAGUAGUACGGUAGUGAAAGUUUUAUUUACCUUUCCUCAUAACCCAAACCCAAGGACUCCACAAAGUGUGACCUAAUAUGAUUGACGAUCCCUUUUAUCUGAGAGUGAAGGACUGGCAUCCCCCCUGAUGUCUACAGCCUUGUUCUGGGUCAACUCUCCUCCUGGCGGGGGACAUGACCAGUGUCGCGGAGUGUUUCACGGUGGUGGCGCCAUGAGGGGGUGUUGGUGGCCGUGUUUGUCUUCCACUACACACACGUCCCGGGGCCCUUAAGGCCACCUCCCCCCGGACACCUGACCACCCGUCUUAACUCCUCCACAGGUGUAAUUAUAACCACCUGUCCAAGAGACCCGUCCAUGGGUGUAACUAUACACCAGCCCUGCCUCUGUCCCUAACCACCUUGAGGCGUGAUCACCCACCGCCCUCACCAGUAUCUCACGUCAAUGGGGGCCGUAAACUGCCAGUCUUCGAUCCGUCAAGACUUGUUGUCCAGUCCAAACACGUCCAGAAGGACGAGUCCAUAACAUCCUCCAUGAUGACUCGUAACCCAGGAGGGGUAUUGUGAACGUGUCCUUGACCAUUGUUGCUGUGUCAGUCAUCAGCGGUGCCUGUCAUGCCUGGCCUCCAGGGUAGCGGUCAGCCCGUGACACUCAUGACCAAACUCGCCCCAGUGUUUAUGUUGGUGUAUACUGUGAGAGGAGCAGCUUGUUUAGGGUGCGCCUGCUGGCUGUUGUGGGUGGUCCUGCCCCCUGGCGGCCAUCUUUACUACCUGGAUGCAUGAUCCAUGUUUCUCAUGACCUUCCGUGUGGGGGCACUGUCGGCACACGCUGGUGUUAGUCUUCUCUUCUGAGUAGUUGCUGAAAACAUCUGCGAUAAGGUGAUAGGCGGGGCAGGCCCACCGCCUGAAGGUAAUGAAAUGCCGACUGUUGUAAAAGACUGUCACUGGAGUGCCUCCUGAACCUCACAGUGAGAGAGGAACAGGUCGGAGAAGAACCUCGUUCACCAGAUGAAGGAAACUGACGCCGUCAUGAAAAAAUAGAGAGGAUCGGUGUGAAGGGAACAAUAGCCAGUGGUGCAGCAAGUGACGCUUCCUCUUAGGGAGGACUUGAAGUACAAAUUGUUGUUAACAGUUUGCCGAGGUGAAGAAACAGCGACUCUUACCUGUAACAUUCCACAAGUGGGAAGAUGGCCACAAGGUGCUCCUACAUCUGAAUUAAACAAAGUUGUAUUCAUAAAGUUAUUCAUUCUAGUUGAAAAUUGGUUCCAACUCGGCCAAAGUCUCCAGCACAUCCGUCAGUGAAAGUUGUGAGGAAUAUGUGGUUUAAAAUUUGAUUUAUUAUAUUGAGAUAUAAAAUUGUCUCUUAAUACAGUGAAGUAACGCAUCAUAAGCUGCUGGGUAUAGAGUACAGUGUCUCUACGUGAUGCUGUUGUGGUGUUUAUUGUUAUGGGGACUCAACAACACCGAGGACCCCACCUGACUGUUCAUACCGGGGGGAGGGGGGGUGCUAACACGAGAGAGGGGAGGAUAGCCUGACGCGAGGGAGGGGAGGAUAGCCUGACGCGAGAGAGGGGAGGAUAGCCUGACGCGAGAGAGGGGAGGAUAGCCUGACGCGAGAGAGGGGAGGAUAGCCUGACGCGAGAGAGGGGAGGAUAGCCUGACGCGAGAGAGGGGAGGAUAGCCUGACGCGAGAGAGGGGAGGAU